AAAAUUUAUAAUAGUAAUCUUUUGUUUAAAAUUUUUUCAACUUUUUUUUUGUAUAUAGAUACGCAUGAAUUAUAAUGUUUUAUAAAAACAACUGAAGUAUGUAUUGGGAGAGAAAAAAAAAUCUAAAUUAACCUAUUCGAAUCUCUCGAUCAAUUAUUUUGAUUUUUCAUAAUUUAUUUAUAUGUUAUUUAAAUGGUGAGUAUAGAUUCUAAUCGAAAAAAAUAUGCGGAAAGUAUGCUGCUGUUACUAAUAAUAUUUUUUGAAAUUUUCUUAAGUAUAUAACGUGUUAUUUGAAAAUCGUUUAUUAUAAUUUUAGUUUAUAAAUUUCGCGCGCGUGUUCAUACUUCUGUCAACAUUGUUAAAUUGGUUAUCGCAUAUUGUUAUUUUGUCUUCGCAAAGAAUAUUGAGUCAUUUAUUUAAUCGAAUAUUUGAAAAACGUAGAAAACAUAUUUUUAUUUCGUUGGUACUGAUAGUGUAGUAGUGUAGUAGUUACGUCCCCAACGUAAGGUCGAGGAAGCGUUCUCUCUGAAACAGUUUCGGCAAAAAAAAUUUAAGAUAAUUGGUAUUUAUUAUACUUUAUUAGAAUAAUAAGUAUUAAAAAAAAAUUAGGGUAUAUUUUAUAAAAAAUUGUAUUUUUUACUAACGAGGAAAGAUGUUUAAAAAAUUCGAUGAAAAGGAUAGUGUUUCCGGUAUACAGCAAUUAAAAUCGUCCGUUCAGAAAGGAAUACGUUCGAAACUCUUGGAUUUAUAUCCACAUUUAGAAAGUCAUGUAGAUACUAUCAUUCCAAAGAAGGAUGCAUUUAGAAUUGUUAAGUGUCAUGAUCACAUAGAAAUUAUAGUCAAUGCAGCAGGAGAACUUUUAUUCUUUCGACAACGUGAAGGUCCAUGGAUGCCUACAUUAAGGUUAUUACACAAAUAUCCGUUCUUUUUACCAAUGGAACAAGUCGAUAAAGGAGCAAUCAGAUUUGUACUUAGCGGUGCAAAUAUUAUGUGUCCAGGUUUAACAUCAAAAGGUGCAAAAAUGACACCUGUAGAGAAGGGAACUGUUGUUUAUGAACUUAAUAAGCAACUAGGCAGUUAUGGCAGAAGGGAAGCAGCAUGCUUUAGCAGUGGGUGUAACUACUCUAUCAACAGAAGAUAUAGCCAAAGUGAAUAAAGGAGUAGGAAUCGAAAAUUGUCAUUAUUUGAAUGAUGGAUUAUGGCAAAUGAAGCCUGUGAAGUAAGAGGAAAAUAUUGUAAUAAGCAUCCAAAUUGUGUAUCAAUAAGAUUUACAUAUUAUAUGAAUAAAGUCGUUGUUUUUAAAUAUAA